AUGCAAGGACUUCAAAUUAGAACGCCGGCAAACGUUGGCAGCUACAAGAUCACAGCCGAAUCAUCAAAGAAUGGAUUAGAAGAUCAAGAAAUGCUCACUCCUCCAUCUACACCUGCGCGGGCAAAGAUCAAUGACCAGUUUCCUUCUUCUCGGCGCUCGCUGGAUGCUUCUCGCUCUCAUGUAUCGGAACUCGCUUUCACUCCCGACUUGUCACAAGCACAGUUACUAGGCGAAGGCGUGUGGAGUAAGGUGUACAGCAUUCCUGCUUUGCCUACUCAAAGCCAGCGUGGACGUCCUCUGACUCCACCAUCAACACCGCACAAGAGUAGCUUUGCAUUGCCUCAGCAGUAUGCAAUCAAAACCGCAACACGCUCGGAUGCAGCUGCAGUUUUCCAAGCCGAAGCACAAAUACUCACACAUGUUCAAAGUCAUGAUUCAAGUUCCGACUACGUGGUUCCUUUCCUCGGUCUCUGCACGGGUACCUCGUCGCCUUCUCUUGUCUUCCUGUGCGCCGACGCCGGAACUCUAGAAUCUCUUCUCGAAUCAUCAUCAGACCUUCCUCUAUCUUCGACCCUGAAUCUUUUCCUCCACGUCCUCCAACAACUAACCCAAGGCCUCUACUUCCUACACAACACCACAAACACCAUCCAUGCCGACAUCAAACCUGCAAAUAUACUACUUUCCUCGACAUCUUCUUCCUUGCCCACAGCCCGCUACGCAGACUUCAGCACAAGCUUUGUAGCUCACACAACACCAUCUUCACAUUCAGGCGGCGGCACCUAUUCCUUCAUGGCCCCUGAACAACUCUCCCGCGACCCUGAAACCUCUACCCCGACAUACGCCUCUGACAUCUAUUCUCUGGGAAUCACUCUGCUUUCUCUGCUUUGCGGCGGCAACCCAUUCGCUUCUCUUUUGAACAAUGGGUUCCGUCUAAGGNAAGCGGUGAAGAUGGGUGAUGCGAUGAGCUGGGCCAUGCAAGACCCUGCUUUUGAAGCUAGAGUUGAGCAACUGCAAAAGUUGUGGCAGGAAAGAGGUGGCGAGGGAAAGAUUCUAAGUCUUGUGGCUUGUGCGUUAAGGAAGAAGAGGGAAGAUAGAGUUGAUGCUGGGGCGUGGUGUAGGAAGGUUGAUGCUGCGGUUGCGAAGUUGAGUAAGAUCGAGACGGUUGGGUUGGGCAUUAGGUGCUAG